AUGCUGAAACUAAGGUGUAAUAGUGGCACAAGGAUUAGAACUCUUCAGGACCCAUGGAUCCCUGGGAAAGGAAAUUAUUUACUGUCGGCUCGUGGCAACGUUACAGCAGAUGAAAUUCCGCAGCUGGUUUGUGACUUAAUGAAUGAGGACACUUGUAAGUGGAACUCCGCUCUGGUGUCUCGUCUUUUUGAUGAAGAAGAUUAUGCAGCCAUUCUAAAUAUUCCUAUCCCCUACAGUCAUGUAGCCGACAGACUAGUUUGGGACUUCACCAAAGACGGGCAGUAUACAGUGAAGUCCGGCUACUAUAAGGAGCUGCUCAUAAAAGAUGCUGGUGUUGAUAGCCACAGCUACUUCCCUUCGCUUCGCAAGAGUGAGUGGAAAGUGCUUUGGCAGCUAAAGAUUCCCAGCAAAAUUAGAAUUUUCAUUUGGAAGCUUCUCCAUAAAGGAAUUCCAAUUGCAGAGGGCCUUAAUUUUCGGAUUAAAAGCAAUUUAAACUGUCCACACUGCCACGAGAAGGAGGAUAUUCACCACAUGCUGUUCAACUGUGACUUUGCCCGUCGCACCUGGUUCCUUUCCGAUCUGCAUCUAAUCUCGGGGCAAAUUCCAAACCAGACUUUUGAUGUCAUCUGGUCCAACUUCUUAUCAAACCUUCAUUCAGCAGCGGAGAGAGAGUGGUUCCUCUCAGUGUUUGCAUUUAACGCUUGGUCCAUUUGGAAAGCCAGAAAUUCGGCGGUUUUUAAAGACAGUUCAUGGACCAUAGAAGAUACAACUUCCUAUGCGAGACAGUCAAAGAAGGAUUAUGAUGAAGCUAAUGCCGCCCAACUCUCCAAAGUCACAGCCACAGAAAAGAAGUUUCGCAAGUGUAAAACACGACAUCUAUCUAGAUCCCCUCUUCUUAGCGACGCAAUCACUAUCCAAUAUGAUGGAGGAAUUAGCAAGGAAACUCAAUCGGGCUCAGUGGCAGGGAUUGCCUUCAAUAAUUCUGGUCAAUCCUUAGGUAGCUUUGCUCGUAGCUUCAGAGGGAUGUGGGACCCUGGGAUUGUGGAAUUCUUGGCGCUUCGAGAAGCAAGCAGUUGGGCGAAAUUCAACGGUUGGAAUAACGUGAUCUUCGAGGGGGAUGCCAUUCAGGUCUCCAAAUCGGUUAACUCAGGUGCGUGCCAAAUAACCGACGCAUGGGGACUCUGUCAAGAUAUAUGGCUACUUUCUAACUCCUUCAAUCACACAGAAUUUAGAUGGAUCAAAAGGGGACUGAACAAGGAAGCUCACAAAUUAGUCCAAUUAGAGAAAGCUCAGUUCCGUCGGUAUUCUUCUAUAAAUGGGGUAUCUUAA